AUGAAGAGCACGUUUCUGUUUUUCUCUGUUCUCCUGGCCUCAUUUGAACGGGCCACUUCGUACAAUUAUUUGGUUUUCUGCCCACUCUACGCUCACAGUCACCACAAAUUCCUCGCCAAAAUCGCGGACACUCUCACGGAUGCCGGCCACAAUGUCACCUUCCUCGCACCGAUAAUUCUGCGAAAGUACGAGAACGUCAAGUAUCUGGACUCCACGAAAGAAUUGAUUUACGUGCAGCCGGACAAAGAUCUCGAGGCGCUCGGGGUCUCGGCCGACUAUUCCAUGUUCUGGACGGAAGACGCCAGCAUUUUCGCCAUGGUGCCAGCAAUCAAAGGGUUCAUGAGCAUGUUCCACAAGAUUUACGAAAACUUCAAGAACGACUUAUCCUUGUUGGACGAGCUCAAAGAGCGGAAGUACGACGCGAUGGUGUUUGAGAUGUUGUGUCCGACUGCUAUUCGUAAGUUCUCAACUUGAACGCACUACUUGAACAUGCAAUAGUAUUACAGCAAUCGCAGAAUACCUCGGAAUAAGGACCCUUCUGCCCACGCUCUCAAUGACUCACCAUCCGAUGAUGAGCCGAUGGAUCGGAGAGCCAGCUUCUCCCGCAGUUCUACCGAGUAUGAUCUCACCGUUUGGAGAUGACAUGAAUUUUGGAGAACGAUUAUCAAACACAUUGGGAGAUGUGUUUUUCAAUAUUUUCAUGAAUCCGCAGCCCAUGUAUUCUUACAAGUAUCCUUACGGAGAAGUUGAUCUCAAGGUCAGUACAUUCAUUUUGUUAUCAUAUCAAUCGCGAAUCCAGGCGGCGUCAAUUCGUGCUCCGUUUUUGUUCAUGAACGCCAAUCCUUAUCUCGAUUACCCGCGUCCUUUGCUCACAAAGACGGUCUUGAUUGGUGGAAUUUCGGUGAACACGACGCAUAUCAGGGAGGAGAAGCUGCCGGAGAAGUAUAAUGAGAUUCUGAAUGAGCGGAAGAAGACCGUGCUCAUUUCAUUUGGCUCUAUGAUCUUUUCAAAGGAUAUGCCGGACACUUACAAGUAUGACAUGCUUCUGAAUUCCAACACUCUGCUAAUAUGAAGUUACUUCAGGAAGACAAUAGUGCGAGUGGUUGAGUCGUUUCCGGAUGUCACAUUCAUUUGGAAGUAUGAAUCGGAGGAUGUGAGAUUCGCGAAGAACUUGAACAACUUGUACUUUUCCAAAUGGGUUCCGCAGACUGCACUUCUCGGUAAGAAUCUUCAGAUGAACACAUUAGAAAACGUUCAGUGCGUACGUUUUCAGCCGACAAACGACUGUCCGCAUUCGUGACACACGCAGGUCUGGGAAGUGUUACCGAAUUGAGUUACAUGGGAAAACCAGCAAUUCUCAUUCCGAUCUUUGCCGAUCAGCUCAGAAAUGCAAAAACAUUAUCUAGACACAAAGGAUCGAUUACGUUGGAUAAGAGGGACUUGAAUGAGUUUGAGAAGUUGAGGGGAGCAGUUGAUAGUAUUCUGAAUGUUCAAAGGUUAGCCCACUAUUCGAAGCUCAAACCUUUAUACAAUUUUUCUCAAAUUUCAGUUACAAAGACCACGCUGAAACAUUGGGCCACCAGCUGGAGAGUCAGCCGAUCUCUCCCCACGACCUUCUCGUGAAACAUGCAGAAUUCGGAGCCCAAUUCGGAGAGCUCCCCAAUUUGGAUCCGUAUUCGAGGCAAAUGUCCUUUGUCACCUUUUACAUGAUUGACAUCAUCAUCUUUCUAACUUUAAUUUUUGCCAUUUUCGUGUACCUACUUGCCUCAAUCCUUCGCCGGGUUCUUCGAACUUUUGUGAGGUCAAAAGUAAAGACUCAAUAAGUUUAACGGACAGGUUUGAUUGUGAACGGGUUCUAUAAAGUAAUUUAGUAUACUUCUUCGUCACUACAAAACGGCCACACACACAGUGAUUCGCCUAACAUGUGACUUUUUUCUUUUAAUUUAAUGUCAUCCUCUUUUGCGAUCAAAAAAGCCCAUUAGGUUGAUCGGUGGGAGUGUAUAAAACCAAAAUGUUCUACUGCUGAAACGAAAAAUGAAACUUCGACUCGUUCUUCUGCUUACCCUCCCUUACAUCUCGUUCGCCUACAACUUUCUAGUAUUCUGUCCGUUGUUCGCCCACAGUCACCACAAAUACCUCGCCAAAAUUGCGGAUACCUUAUCGGAAGCAGGCCACAAUGUCACCUUCCUAGCCCCUAUAAUCGUGAGAGAGUACGAAAAGGUCAAGUAUUUGGAGAAGACGACGGAUAUCAUCUACAUCCAGCCGGACGAGGAACUCGAAAAACUUGGAGAAUCUGCGGACUACUCGAGGUUCUGGCAUGAAGAGUUCGGUGUGUUCUCCAUGAUUCCGGCCGUUCAAAAGUUCUACAAGAUGUUCUUCAAAGUGUACGAGAAUAUCAAGAACGAUCUGUCGGUUCUGGAUGAGUUGAAAGGACGGCAGUACGACGCGAUGAUAUUCGAGUCGUUGUCUUUUUGUGCUCAUCGUUAGUUCAAGAUUUUCGAGAUCAACUGAUUUCCCGUGGUUUUCAGCGAUCGGAGAGUAUUUGGGUAUCAAAGCGAUGUUCCCUUCCUUCUCAAUGACUCACUUUUCUGAUUUGCUCAAAGCCAUCGGGGAACCAUCUUCCACCAGUUUCCUGCCAAGUAACCAUAAGAUCCUUCGAACCGUUUUAAAGUUUGAUACCUUUAGGCACGGUCUCUCCGUUCGGGGACCGAAUGACUUUCAAUGAGCGUCUGAUGAAUACCAUCGGCGACUUCACAUUUUCUAACAUUAUUCGACCACCGACCAUGACAUCUUUCACGGACCAUAACAGUAUUAUUGACACAGAUGUGAGACUUAAUAAAACACAAACUCAAAGUUAAUCAUGUUCAGGAACGGGAAUCUCGGGCUCCUUUCGUCUUUGUCAAUUCCAAUCCAUUUCUCGAUUUCCCCCGCCCGACUCUCACCAAAACAGUUCCGAUCGGAGGGAUAUCCGUGAAUGUGACGGCGAUGAGGGAAGAAGUGCUUCCGGCGGAAUACGAUGAGGUUCUGGACAGAAGAGCCAAGAAUGCGCUUAUUUCUUUCGGCUCAAUGAUGCAAUCCAAGGAUAUGCCAGCGGAUUACAAGUAAGUCAAUGAAACAGAAAAAGACGAGGAAACAGAAACAUUUUCAGGAAAAACAUUGUGGAAGUUAUGCGAUCAUUUCCAGAUGUGACCUUCAUUUGGAAGUAUGAGUCUAAAGAUGUUAGUUUUGCUGACGGUCUCAACAAUGUGUACUUUGCAAAAUGGGUACCCCAAACAGCGCUUCUUGGUAUAAAUGCGAGUUCGAUCUUUGAUUUAACAGUUCUUUCAGCGGAUCCACGACUCUCGGCUUUCAUAACUCAUGCUGGAUUGGGAAGUGUAAACGAGUUGAGCUACAUGGGGAAACCCGCGAUUCUCAUUCCGAUCUUUGCCGAUCAGCCGAGAAAUGCAAAGAUGUUGGCAAGGCAUAACGGGUCUAUAGCACUGAACAAAAAAGAUUUGGCAGACUUUGACAAGCUAAGAGGAGCCGUUGACAGUAUUCUGAAUGUGGACAGGUAUAAGGCAUGUGUUCCAUUCCCUCCAACUUUCAUUCUUUCAGCUAUCGGGAAAAUGCCAGAGCUCUUGGGCAGCAACUGGAGAAUCCGCCCAUUUCGCCUCGAGACCUUCUUGUGAAGCACGCAGAGUUCGGAGCCCAAUUCGGAGAGCUGCCUUCGCUGGAUCCCUACUACCGGAAGAUGUCAUUCUUCACUUUCUUCCUCAUUGAUAUCAUCGCUUUCUUGUUUUUCUGUCUCAUCGCUGUAAUCGCCUCAUUUGUGUACUCGAUCCAUGUCGUCCGCCGGUUGUUACGCAGGUUUCUGUUUACGAAACAAAAAGAGCAAUGAAUACAGUAGCAUGAUGUCUUUAUCUGUGUUGGAUGUUACAUCAGAAAAGGGUGCAGGUAAUAGGUUUGUGUUAAAAUAGGUUCUAUUGUUAUUUUCUCGUCGCGAUGCUCGUCUACACUCUUUUGGAUCCGAGUACUUAG